AUGGCAUACAACGAUUCAUCUAAGAGACGUCUUCAUCCCAGUCCUCGCAAUGAUUUUGUAUUAUUCAUGCAAUAUACACAUCGUUCAAAGAUGGCUUGGAUGGAUGAUAUGAAUUAUAAGUCUCUGAAUAUCAGAUGUAUGCAGCUGGCGGGGUUGGAUGUUAUUCCUGAGUCUAUUGUAUCUUAUUUAUGCCGUGCUGAUUUUCUUGGCGAUGCUCGGAUGGUUCGUAUGGAGGUUACUGUGACACUUGAGGAUGUUGCAAGGAUCACUGGUCUUCCUACGGACGGUGAAUCUGUUACUGGCAUGUCUGAAACGCGACAGUUGAGAGAUAUGGUACUACAACUUCUUGGGAGGACCUCGAGUGCAUCUGAUAUGCAUGGAGGUUGUCUUAAGACCUCAUGGUUGGAUCAAAAUUUUGCAAAUGUGGAGCAUUGGAUGCAAGAUGAAGAGAAUCUUCUCCGAUUCACGCGAGCAUACAUAUUACGCCUUAGUGGAGGCUUUUUACUUGCAGAUCACAGUGGUGGUAGGGUGCACCUCCGAUAUCUACCUUUUCUAAGUGACUUGGACGCGUGUGGACGAUUUAGCUUGAGAUCGGCUUGGGCUAGAUUUGUUACCAUCACUCCAAAGACUAUUCCAACUAUCCCAGAGUUUGACGAUAGCACACCUGUUGGCGUAAGAUGGACCGGUCAUAAGACAAUUUUUCACGAUUUAUCCUGGUAUCGAGAGAGGUUUGAUAAGAUGACUGAGCAUCAGGUAGUAAAGAUCAUUCAAGGUCUGCUUCCUGUACAAGGAGCCAAGACGGAUCGCCUUCAACGUGUUCAUUACAUGCUACAGACACAUCAGCCACACGAUCAAAUUUAG